AUGUCGGCGACGUGGGGCGGCGCGGGUGCUUUGCUGGCGGCAUUCGCAACAUGCUGCAUGCUGAUCCUGAUCUUGUCUUCUGAUAGCACAAAGAUUCAGCUGCUACCAAAGUUUGCUUGCACAGACUCGUCCAUUUGCUCGAAAUACGCCUUGCUGAGGGCUGGCCCGACAACCAAUUCAGGCGGAGAAAGGAGCAAGAGCUCGGAAUCUUCGUCGAGAAUCCUUCAAGCCAGUGGGAAUCAAACUACCCGUAGCGUGCAGCACCAGGCACCUGACCUGCAACCUGGAAGCAUCGUACACCUCUCAACAGAACAGGGAAACCUGCCUUUGUUUGUGGAUGGAAGGCCAGACAACAGCGGAUACAUCCCAGUCCAUGCGUUCAGAGAGGGGCUAAGAUAUGAUGGAUUCAUCACCAUUGGGAUGAAAGGUAGCGAGCUACAGUAUCCUCCUCCUUCGCUGCUGCAUGCCGGUCAACAAGGAAGGGAUCGUCAAAGGAUGGCAAAGAUCCGGGGAAGGCUUGAGGGAGCGUCAGGCGAGGCAGUGAAGGGAGAGCUAGCGCUAGAGAGCUCGGCCUCACGGCCAAGGAGGCAACAGCAGACCAAACACGUGCAGCGCGCUGCUGCUCAGACUCCAUCAGCUGCUGCUGCUGCUCAGGCAGCUCACGCUUCAAAGCCAUCGCCAGUGUUGGGCCAAACCAGCCAACAGCACAAGCAGCUCAAGAGGGUCCAGAGGCGCUCGGAGGGAUCGCAGGCGGUGACUGUGAAGAAGGCCUCGGUGAUCAAGGGAUACUUCGACAUGUCGAACGAUCACUUUGCAUCUGUCAACCUGAAACCUUCAGCCUGCUCCAGCGGUGCGAUGUCCCCCAGCUGUGGCACUAGCUCGUUUGCCUGCUCAGCUCACCUGCACCUGCAUGUGGAAGUCUUCUGCCCUCCCUAUACAGCUCCGGAGCAUGGCUCAGUGACCUACAGGGGGAAGGAGUACCGCAGCCACACAGGAUCAGAGGAAGCAGGCCGUCACUACCUUACCAUUAACGGCCACCGAUACCCGCUGGCUGCUGCUGGCGACAUUCCAUCCUGCGAGCAAGUUAAAAUCCAUUGCGAUCCUCACUAUGAGCUGGAUGGUAGGGAAGGAGCCUUCAGAGACCCUUACUGCUUGCAGAGCGGCGAGUGGGAGAAGGGGCAGUCGUGCGUGAGGAUCGCUUGCGAGCCAUACCGGCCUCCUCUCAAUGGGUACGUCUUCCCGACGGGGCAAGUGUUUGCUGGGGAGAGUGUGGCGAUCAAGUGUGAUCCUGGGUUCAUGCCGCACUUUGGGGAGGAGCACGCGAAAGAGAACCCUCAGUGUCUAGAUACAAGAGCCUACGAGCUGGGGGUGACCUGCGUGCCUAUCAUGUGCCCAGCAUACGUAGCUCCUGAGCAUGCAAGCGUGACUCCUUCGGGCCCCGUCCAGGUGGGCGAGCGCGUGGCGAUCGUUUGCAAUCGUGGAUACCGAGCGAGGAUCUACAACGAUCUGCAUCCUACCUUGUGGCCAACGUUCGGCGAGACCGCGAACAGGAUGCCCGACGAUCUGGUGGGAACAGCGACGCCCAUGUGCCUCGAGACCACCAAGUACGAGGAGGGAAUAACUUGCGUUCCCCUCCCCGUGCAGUGCCCUGCCUACCAGGCGCCCAACCAUGGAUCAGUCUGGUACGAGCUGGACGAGUACAGGAUCGCAAGCCCGUCGGGGCUGGAGGGUUGGCCACGGACAGACUCUUUGUUCAUCACGUGCGACGAGCACUACCAGCUGAGCGACGGGGGACGGCAGACGAUCCGCUGCCUUAGGACGGGAGAGUGGGAGCAGGGAAAGACGUGCGAACCCAUCAUGUGCGACUCCUUCCAAGCGCCUGCUCACAGUACCUUCAAUGGCCCUCGGACCCGCGUGCUAGCAGGGACCCAGGUCUUUGUGUCCUGCGAUGAAGGAUACCAGGCAUCGGGCGUAUCAAGGGGUCUGACCGCCUCACCCAAGUGCCUGGACUCAGGAUACUUCGAAGAAGCAAUCAAGUGUGUCCCCGUGAAGAGGAACGAGGAAGAGAGGCCGGCAGAGCCAAGGCAGCGUGAGGAGGAGAGGGAGGAAGAUCCCGCACCCCAGAGAGAGUCCCAGGAGCUCCAGGAGGAGAAAGGGAAAGAUGCUGGAUACACGGUGCACGACUACAGCCCCAACAUCUUCGACCAAGAGCCGAGGUGA